AUGGACACAAUAGAAUCCCAGCUAGUGGUGAGAAAUAAAUGUGAGCAGCUGCAAGAAUCGAUUAAAGAGCUGUACGCUUGGCAGGAUCAGAUGAAAAAAGCAUCUUCUGCCAAGGCUCAGCUAGUGGAUGGUAGUGAGGAAAAAAUAUUGCCACCCGUACGGAGCGAUGUGAAGGCGAUGAGCAAAUUUGCUGAGGACCAAACAAGCGCUGAGAAGCAGGAUCAGGCCGAGAGUGAAACAGUGAACAAAAAAACGCUGGCCGAUGCUGAGAUGCUAAAGGAAAGAGGUAACAAGCAGUGCAAGCUCGGAAAUUACCGGGAAGCAAUUGAUCUAUACAGUCAAGCCAUAGAAAUGUACGGCGAAAACGCAGCAUACUACAGCAACCGUGCCCUGUGUUACAUGAAUCUUGAUCUGUUUGACGAUUGUCUAGCGGACUGCGGAACUGCAAUCGAGAAAGAUCCCAAGUACAUAAAGGCGUACUAUCGCCGAAUGCAAGCGUACGAACGAUUGGGCGAGAACGAAAAGGCUACCAUCGAAUGCCGGCAAAUAAUGCGCCUUUCGCAGGAUGAAAAUGAACUGAACACGGCCAAACGUGAUUUGGCCCGAAUAGAGAAGCGCAUCGAAAGCUCCACGAAACCAGCUUCUUCGCCGGGCAAGGCAACAACACCCGAAAUCGAUCCAACACUGGCCCUGGUAAAGCAAGAGGCUGACAAAUAUAAGGAACUAGGCAACAAGCAUCUCGCUCGGAAAGAUUUUGAAAAAGCAGAACGUAGCUACUCAAAAGCCAUUGCCCUGUUUGGCGAGGAAGCCAUCUAUUACACGAAUCGCAGCCUGUGCUACUGGAAUCUGAAAGAUUACGAUAAAUGCUUGGCCGACUGUAAUAAGGCGAUCCAGCUGGAUGAAACCUACUUCCGUCCGUACUAUCGCCGGAUGCAGGUGCGUGAACUUCGCGGUGCUUACCAGAGUGCGGUUGAAGAUUGCCGAAAGUUUAUCGAACUUACCACGGACGAAAAGCAGAAAGCGACCGCCGAAAAGGAUCUGCAACGGCUGGAGCGACUGGUCAAAAGUGAACAGCCCGCCAAACAGGCGUUUGUUUGGAGCGAAAUUAAGAAAAAUGCCAAAUUGAUCAAAUUCGUUCAAAAGCCACCGCAUCUACGUUCGAAAAAGCCACUCACCCGGAUCUCCAUCAAGGAUCUGACGCCAUGUCCGCUGGUGCUGAACAACAAACAAGAGCUUCCACCACCGUCAAAGCGCAAAAACAUCCCGGAUGCAGUUAUCGAUAAAAUAUUCAACAACAACACGGGUGAACAGUUAGUCGAGCCGAAGGAAACGAUCAACCUCGAACAUCUGUUCCCGGCGCAUUCGAACAAACUGCGCAACAUGUUUUCACCGCCUACUACACCGACCGAGCAAAGGAAGCCACCAUUCACCGCAACACCAAACAAAGCCACCGCCACAACGGCCUCGAAGCAAGCGGCAACAAACAGAUCAGAAGAGAAGGAAAAUAAUCAACCGGCGAAAACAGUUAAACCGGUGCCGCCAUCACCAGCAACACAGGACAAAAUUGUAAAAGAUAAAAUUAAUCACAACAGUCAGGAUACAAACGAACAACAUCCCAAGCCAGCAACUGCCUCGGUGACACCUCCAACCAAUAUCCUUGACCUUCCGACAUCAACGGCUCAGUUUUACACUACAUGGAGUGGAUUGACACAAGAUUUAAGAUAUCAGUACUUAAAGUUGCUCAGCGUCAAAUCUUCAAUACUUAGCAGACUCGGUGCCGGUUUAUCAAAUGAAAUCCUUAGUGAAAUGCUACACAUCCUAAAGACGCAUUUUAUUCCACACGAUGAUGAAGUAACGCAAGUUUUGAAGCAACUAGUGGCAAACGAAUCGAUCGACAUACUGUCGCUAAUGAUGAACGGAAAAGAUGGCGAAGCUGUGUCAGAUUUGCUCAAAUAUAUGGAAGCCAAAAAGGUGCAGAAGGCAGAUUUGGAUACUAUUCGGCGCAAGCUCAAGAGUGUGGAUUCUACAGCAGGCUUCUAG